AUGGUGGAUAUUAUUUUUCAUUAUCCUUUUCUGGGUGCUAUGGGGGAUCAUUCCAAGAAGAAGCUCGGGACCGCCAUGUGCGUGGGCUGCGGGAGUCAGAUCCACGACCAGUUUAUCCUGCGGGUGUCGCCCGACCUGGAGUGGCACGCCGCCUGCCUCAAGUGCGCCGAGUGCAGCCAGUACCUGGAUGAGACGUGCACGUGCUUCGUGAGAGACGGGAAGACCUACUGCAAGCGGGACUAUGUCAGGCUGUUCGGCAUCAAGUGCGCCAAGUGCCAGGUGGGCUUCAGCAGCAGCGAUCUGGUGAUGCGGGCGCGGGACAGCGUGUAUCACAUCGAGUGCUUCCGCUGCUCCGUGUGCAGCCGCCAGCUGCUGCCCGGCGACGAGUUCUCGCUGCGGGAGCACGAGCUGCUCUGCCGCGCCGACCACGGCCUCCUGCUGGAGCGCGCCGCGGCCGGCAGCCCGCGCAGCCCCGGCCCGCUCCCCGGCGCCCGCGGCCUGCAUCUGCCAGACCCCGGGUCGGGCCGGCAGCCCUCGCUGCGCCCGCACGUGCACAAACAGACGGAGAAGACGACCCGCGUGCGGACGGUGCUCAACGAGAAGCAGCUGCACACUCUGCGGACGUGCUAUGCCGCCAACCCGCGGCCCGACGCGCUCAUGAAGGAGCAGCUGGUUGAGAUGACGGGCCUGAGCCCACGGGUCAUCCGCGUCUGGUUCCAGAACAAGCGCUGCAAAGACAAGAAGAAAUCCAUCCUCAUGAAGCAGCUACAGCAGCAGCAGCACAACGACAAGACGAGCCUCCAAGGACUGACCGGGACGCCCCUCGUGGCGGGCAGCCCCAUCCGCCAUGAGAGUGCUGUGCAGGGCAGCGCAGUCGAGGUGCAGACGUACCAGCCGCCGUGGAAAGCCCUCAGCGAGUUUGCCCUCCAGAGUGACCUGGACCAACCCGCCUUCCAGCAGCUGGUCUCCUUCUCUGAGUCUGGCUCGUUAGGCAACUCCUCCGGAAGCGAUGUGACCUCCCUGUCCUCUCAGCUCCCAGAUACCCCCAACAGCAUGGUGCCGAGUCCCGUGGAAACGUGAGGGGACCCCAUCCUCGCCAGCCCGCGGACCUCGCAUGCUCCCUGCAUGAGACUCACCCAUGCUCAGGCCAUUCCAGCUCCAAAAACUCUCUCGUCUUUGUAAUUAUUAUUAUUGUUAUUUAAAGAGAGAGGACAGAGAAGCGGUCAGGACAGCUCCAGGAUGAAACCUGCUUUCACCCGACCAGAGAGCCCUGCUCCAAGAACUUUUAU